GCAAAUUCCUUUCAGCGGAUAUUCCUAGAAAAUCGACUCUUAGAGAAAAACCCUUGAGAAAAUCCCAAAUCUACUCGGUUUUCAUAUUUUUCUUGUCAUCCAAGCAAGAAGAUGACUUGUGCCAACACAGUUUCUGGUGAUGAACAUCAUUCGGACAUGAAGUUUCAUGGUGGUGACAUUGAUGAGAGCAAAGUCAAAGCGCCAAACAUGUUUGAACGCGCCAAAGAGGAAUUCGACGCUGUUAUCGGGGCUAUUCAUCAACACAAGAGUUCCAGGGACGAAUCUGAUCAAAUAGAAUUUAAAUCCGAGAAACCAGAAGAUGGAAAAAAGAAACUGGAUAUGAUGAGAAAGACCAAGGAAGAAAUCAAAUCUCUAUUCCAUUCCAAGGAAAAACCUCAUCAACACAAAGAAACUCAUGGAAGGAGUGAUGAUAUCGAUGAGAACACACAUGUGGAUGAAGUGAAGGCUCCCAAUGUUUUCGAGAGAGCUAAGGAAGAGAUCGAGGCUGUCAUCAGCACCAUCCAUCCCAAGAAGAAUGAGACUGACGGUUCUGAUUCUCCUAAGCGUUCUGUCUCACCGGAGAAGGAGAAAGCUGGAUUGGGAUGCUCUCUUGGAAAGGGGCUGGAAAAGAUUUGUGCUCCUUGGGGGGAUGAUAAAAAAUAUUGAGUUAUAUUCAUAUGAUUGGUGAUCAUGAACUUGUUUGCUAAUUGUUGUGACCAAAUUUGGUUGAGUUUCAAUGAGUUUGUUGAUUUGUAGGGUACUCCAUUUUUAGUUGUUACCUUAGCAGACUAACGCUUGUUUUAUUCAUAUUUAACCCUCGGUCUUUUUUUUGUUUUGUCUUUUCUAUGUUGCUACUUCUUCUGGA